CAUUCACUUUUGGACACACUUAGCCACAGCGCGGCUUUUACACCAACAGUCGGAAACGCUCAAGGCGUAGCGCUCGUAUCGCCACCCAACGACGGAACGAUGACCCUCAUCGAUCUUGUACUGCCUUUGAGCAAGCGCCAUGGCGGGCAUGGCGACGCUGACGAGCCAUACGAUCCGGACGAGCAUGGGCCUAAUAAUCGACCGCCUUCUGCAGAGCGACUGGCAGCGAUGCUUCACGCCGAUAAUUGGUACGACAUGCAAAAGUAUGCCAAUCGCGUGACAUGGCUCAUGCUGGCCAUCCUAAUCCUGGUCACCGUCGGUCCGGGCUUGCUACAUCGCUUGCGAGUCCAUCGACCCAAGCUGGCCGUCUCUCUGCAACGAAGGCUGCCAUUCUACUUCAAACUAGUCUCCUGGGGAAGAUCAGUAGGCUACCUACAAAAGGGCCGCAUCCUACCAGGCUUUAGAUUGCCUGCUCUUGGAGCUUCGAUUGCCAUCGCACUCUUCUGCGCUGCCAUCUUUGGUUGGACACUGGGCGUCCGGCCUUACUAUAGGAAAACUAGAGAGUGGGGCUCCCCGCCGCUUGCUAUCAGAGCUGGUAUGCUUGCCAAUGCCAUGAUCCCUUUUCUACUCGCACUAGCGACCAAGGUCAACGUCAUCUCCAUCCUUACCGCAGUAUCGCACGAGAGACUUCAGUGGCUUGCUAGGCUGAUUCUCACCCUCAGCUUGAUACACACCAUUCCAUUCAUUUGGCAACCACUCACUGAAGGUGGCAGCUCCAACCUCUGGGCUUGGUGGAAGAGCGACUACGUCACUUACUGGAAUGGCACCGUAGCCCUCUCUUUGAUGAUCUGGAUGGUGCUGAGCUCCACUCGAGUGUUCCGAAACAUGAGCUACGAAUUCUUUGUGAUUCAACAUAUCGUGUCAACUCUGCUCUUCAUUGGCUUCUACUUUUUCCACACCGACAACACGCUCAACAGCUGGAUCUGGCUCUGGGCUGCAGUGGGCGUCUGGGGCUUCGCUACGCUGAUCAAAUGGGCGCGCAGCGCUACUGCUAGCAGAUACUUCGUAGGGGCCAAAGCCAGCGUGGAAGUGUCUGGAGAAGAAUUGGUUGCAGGUGAAGAAAUGCUCAGGAUUGCGCUCAAGACAAACGUCAGAUGGUGGCCAGGAGCACACGUCUUCAUCCGCUUUCCGACGCUUGCGCCCUUGCAAAGCCACCCAUUCACGAUUGUGAAUCUGCCACAGCCGGAUCAUCACUGCGAUUCGGAACUAGUGUUGGUGGCUAGAGUGCACGACGGGAUCACCCGGAAGCUGCUGAAGCACGCCAGGUCCAAAGCCGCAAGCGUGGAAGCUGAAGAUGACAUCGAGUCCGAAAGUAUCUACAUGACGAAGCAAAACUCGAGCCACCCUUUGCGAGCUGUACCGGAAAGUUCGGAAGCGUAUGCUUUGGACAGUGGCGACGCGCCUCUGCUCCCGACUCGAGCAUGUAUGGUUCCCGCCAUCAUCGAUGGUCCCUAUGGUCAGAGUUCCGCCUCCCUGCAAGCUUUCGACCACGUCUUGAUUCUCGCUGGUGGCGUCGGAAUCACAUUCGCCACCAGCGCGUGCAUGCAUCUGGCCAUGGCCAACGCUGAUCGCAUUCAGACACGAAGCGUCCACUUGGUUUGGAGCGUCCGCAGCCGAGCCUCGCUCGCGUGGUUUCAACCUUACCUAGACGCCAUCUCGGAGCGAUUUGCCGCGUCCAAGGUCGCCUACACGUUCACUCUUCACAUCACACGCGAGUGCAUUUCCGCGUCUGAUGCUGUAUCUCGAUCCAACUCGGCGCCCGAAGCAGAUUUCGGUGCGGAAAAGUGGACGGCUUAUCGAGGAGCUGCUAGAGAAAGACCUGCAAGUCUUGAACGACCUCACGUACCCAGCAUCAUUCGAGAUGCAGCGCAACAUGCGGCAAAUUCGUCGGCUCGAAGCUUGGCUGUUGUGGUAUGCGGACCUGCAGGAAUGAGCGAUGCCGCUGCUAACGCUACAGCUCGUUUGCAACAUGACCGAAAAGGAUUGGACGAGAUCUGGCUGCUCAACGAGUCUUUUGGAUGGUAGGAAGGGCGUGCAGAAAGCUCAAGCUUCGAGUCGGGCUCACUCGGCGCGCUCUGCUCAAAUCACAUUUGCGAAGAAUGCUAUGACUUCGAUCAUCCCCACAUCUUUGCUUGCGCCUCAAUGAGAAGAGGAGGCGUGCUUCCGAACUCUAAAUGUGUCCACCUCGAGCAGGGAGCAAGCGAGAUGAGAG